UGGCGCCGCGUCGGCUUCCGGUCCGACCUGCCGGAAGUGGAAGCACAGGCUUCCCAUAAUACCUCGCGGGGCGCCUAUUCAAACCGCAGUGCGGAGAGGAGGUCGUGAUGGCCGCUCUGGAGCCGGAGUUGCGGUCCUUGACCGCAGCCCCAGAUUUGGAGUGGUAUGAGGAGUCGGAGGACACCCACGCCUCCCAGAUAGAACUGCUGGAGACCACCACCGCCCAAGAACUCCCCAGCCGUCCCGAGGCUUUCUGCCCCCGGGACGGCCUGGUGCCCGUGGUCUUCCCUGGGCCUGUGAGCCAGGAAGGCUGCUGCCAGUUUACCUGUGAACUGCUAAAGCAUGUCAUGUACCAGCGCCAGCAGCUGCCUCUGCCCUAUGAACAGCUAAAGCACUUCUACCGAAAAUCUUCUCCCCAGGCAGAGGACACGGUGAAGAAGAAACCCUGGGCCAUCACUGAGGCAAGCAGCAGGAAAUGCCAACAAACCCUGGAAGAACUGGAGAGCGUCCUCAGCCACCUAGAGAGUCUCUUUGCCCGGACACUCGUACCACGAGUGCUCAUCCUCCUUGGGGGCAGUGUUCUAAAUCCCAAAGAAUUCUACGAGCUUGACUUGUCCCGCUUGGCCCCCCACAACGUGGACCAGAGGGUGAGCACAGCAGCUUGUUUGCGCCUUAUCUUCCGAGCCAUUUUUAUGGCUGAUGCCUUCAGUGAGCUUCAGGCUCCUCCACUCAUGGGCACCAUUAUCAUGGCACAGGGGCACCGCGACUGUGGAGAAGAUUGGUUUCGGCCCAAGCUGAACUACCGAGUGCCCAAACGGGGCCACAAACUGACUGUGACCCUGUCCUGUGGCAGACCCUCCAUCCCAGUCACAGCCUGGGAGGAUUACAUUUGGUUCCAGGCACCGGUGACAUUGAAAGGCUUUCAUGAGUGAAUAGCGCUGCUUCUUAAUCAAGAACACAAUGGCUAAAUUAUCUUUCCUUCUCUGGCAUCAAGUCACCUGUCUCUUGCUUGGAAGUAGAGUUGCUUCCGGGUGAGAGGAAGAUUCUGUCCUGGCUGCCUGCUUCCCCUUCUCGGACUUCCUGGUGAGCUGAAGGUGUGACUGGGACUGUAAUCAUCAUCAUUGAACAACAUCUCUGUGAACCGAAGGUUGACUGGGUCAGACUUUACUGUUUGGGGUUGGAAAGCAAACACAGGCCCAUAGACACUCUUAUGGAGGGGUCCUUUUUCUGUGGCCUUUCAGAAUUUUUACCAGAGAUAUAUAAAUGUUAGUGUGACUCAUGAAUUUAAAUAUAAAAUGAAUGAAUUUAUAUUAAACUUUCCCGAAACUCUUGGCUUAAAGAGACUUUCCAGGCUUGAGGCUAGAAACUUUUGUCUUUC